GAGCGCCGCCACGCCUGGUCUUAGGCGGUAGACUAGAGCGGGUCUCACUUAGUAGAGCGGGUAGACCUCGGAGCUCCUACCUCCCGCAGCGUCGCGGUCCCUAGUGAGCCGCAGCCGGCCAGUGCCAUGAUCCGACAAGACCUCUCCACAUCCUACCAGGAGCUCAGUGAAGAGUUGGAGCAGGUGGUUGAGAACUCGGAGCAGGCAGAUGAACGGGACAAGGAGCUGGUCCAAGUUCAAGGUCCAGGUGUUGUGCCAGGGAUUGCCUUAUACCCCGGUCAGGCUCAGCUGCUCAGCUGUAAGCACCACUAUGAGGUCAUCCCACCUCUUGCCAGCCCUGGCCAGCCCGGAGACAGGAACUGCACCACUCAGAGGAUCAAUUACACCCACCCCUUCUCCAAUCACACCAUGCAGUCAGCCCUGAUUGUCCAGGGGCCCCAGGAAGUGAAGAAGCGGGAGCUGGUGUUCCUCCAGUUCCGCCUGAACCAGAGCGACGAGGACUUCAGUGCCAUUGACUAUCUCCUCUUCUCCUCUUUCCGGGAGUUCAUGCAAAGCCCGGACAAGGCGGGCUUCAUGCAGGCCUGUGAGAGUGCCUACUCCAGCUGGAAGUUCUCCGGAGGCUUCCGCACCUGGGUCAAGAUGUCACUGGUGAAGACCAAAGAAGAGGAUGGGCGAGAAGCCGUUGAGUUCCGGCAAGAGACCAGCGUGGUCAAUUAUAUUGACCAGAGGCCGGCAGCCGAGAAGAGUACUCAGUUGUUCUUUGUGGUCUUUGAAUGGAAGGAUCCCUUCAUCCAGAAAGUCCAGGAUAUAAUCACGGCCAAUCCUUGGAACACCAUCGCCCUACUCUGCGGGGCGUUCCUGGCAUUAUUUAAAGCAGCAGAGUUUGCCAAACUAAGUGUGAAAUGGAUGAUCAAAAUCAGGAAACGAUACCUUAAACGGAGAGGCCAGGCGACAAACCACAUAAGCUGAAGUGCCUGUGCCCCAGCACUCCGACAAACCGAGCCACCAGCACUCCUGUACUCACUUGAAGGGACCUCGCAGGGAAGGACGGCCUGUCGCAUUGGAUGCUCAACCCUGGCCCAGGAGGACACUGUCCUGGGCCCAAAGGGAAACACCCAGUGGAUAACCCGAAACUUAUUUAAGUACUUAAAUUAUUAACGGACAUUUGCAGAGCUGCCUAGUGCCUUGGAGAGGUUUGCGGAAGGCGGCUUCCUCCUAUUUGGUCAUUAAAUAGUUAAGCUCCAAGUUAAGGUUUCUUCUUUACCUUAGGAUAUUUUUUUCCUUUUAAGUGGACUGAUGUGCUCUGUAUACAAAACUCCUUUUAUACCAUCUACUGUUACUUAACAAGAACUAGAUCAGAAUUUUUGUUUUUUAAUAAAAUGUAGCCCUAGCGGAAUCACUGUA